AUGUCUGCGAUGUCAAAGGAUGAUCUGGGUAAGAAAUUUUAUCAGUAGCGCCAUGUAUAAUAUAAAUUCAUGUCCAUCAUCGAGAUUUUUAGGUGAUGAAGAAGGUUGGAAGCCAAUAAUCAACACAAGAAAGCGCCGGGCUUGCUCAGCGAAUGGAAAUGGCGAAUGGUAAGAGAGUUUUGGCUUAAAUUUUAUAUUGUUUUAGUCUAACAUCUCCUGGCUCCUCUAGACCAAAACCAGAAGGUCGAUUCGCCCAUACAGUGCUGUCGUUGGAAAUGUUGGGAGAGUAUGUUGAUUUUUGUUUUAUAUUUUUUUGGUUUAGUGGUGAAAUAUCGGCGUACCAUGAGGAAUCUUAUCCAUCGACCAGCUCGAACGUAGAAUAUCGAGAACGUUAUGUUACGACGCAUAAGGACGAUUAUGACCCUGUGAUGCCAAAUGUGAUAGCAGAAGAGGUCAUUGUAGCUGAUGAGUACAUCGAUGUCGAGUCUGCAGCGUAAGUUUUCGCGCUAUUUAAUUUUGGACAUCUAAAUUAAUGUUUUUGAUUUUGGACUUCGAAAAUAGAAGUUUUGUUGAUGGUAUUGCUUACUAAUAGUAAGAUUAUGAAUUGUCCUUGGUAGUUAUAGCACAAUUUAUUUCGUUUGAGUUUGUUUUAGCUGUCUGGUCUCGAUUUUCCCUUGUAGCCUCAUGUGUAAUAUAAAAUUUGCUCAUAAUUUUUUUCCAGGAAGUCUCCUGAGCCCAAAGAUGAUAGGGCGCAUUUGGAAGCCCCUAUACGACGAAUUGUAACAUUAAAUAGGCCGCGCGAAUUGCAACGGCAACAGUUAUACAACUUAAAUCAACUUAAUCUUGACCUCAAGGCCGAAAAUCAACGACUCCGAGAUUCGUAAGUUAAUUUUGGUCUUACUAUUGUUGGAUUUUAGGAACGCACGGCUGAAGCUAGCUUUGAACGAUCGAGGCCUUAAGAUUAAGAACAUCUUGGCGGAGAAUGCGAAGUAUUGCGUGAUGUUCAAGCUGUUAGAAAAAGAAUUUGGUGUCGACGCUGUCAAAGACGUUGUAGGCGAUCGAUUAUAG